AUGGACGGCCUGCGGAACAUCAAUGCCAGCACGCGCAUCAUUUAUCAAGGCUUCACCGGCCAGGUGGCCACGUCCAACGCCAAAGACACCAUUGCCUACGGCACGAGGGUCGUGGGCGGAGUGUCGCCGGGCAAAGGGGGCAGGACGCACCUCGACCUCCCCGUCUUUGGAACCGUCAGAGAGGCCAUGGAGCAGGUGAAUCCCCACGUCAGCGGCGUCUUUGUGCCCGCGCUGUUGGCGGCCAGCGCCGUCAUCGAGGCAAUCGAGGCCGAGGUGCCCGUCGUCGUCUCCGUCGCCGAGCACAUGCCCGUCCACGACCUGCUGCGCGUGCACGAGGUUCUCCGCACGCAGAGCAAGACGAGGCUGGUAGGGCCCAACUGCACCGGCAUCAUGGCCCCGGGGCGGUGCCGCGUGGGAAUCAUGCCCUUCCGCCAGUACGCGCGCGGCUGCGUGGGCAUCGUGUCCAAGAGCGGCACCCUGAGCUACGAGGCCGUCGGGUCGACGACCGCCGCUGGCCUGGGGCAGAGUCUUGUCAUCGCUGUGGGCGGCGACCCCAUGCCAGGCACGACCAUUGCCGAUUCCCUCGAGCUGUUCUUCGACGACCCGGAAACAGAGGGCAUCAUCGUGAUUGGCGAGAUUGGCGGCGAGCAGGAGCUGCGCGCGGCCGAGGCAAUCAAGGCGUAUCGGCAUGCGACGCCCGACCCGAAGCCGGUCGUGGCCAUGGUGGCCGGGCAGACGGCGCCCAGGGGCAAGGUCAUGGGCCACGCCGGCGCCGUCCUGACCGCCAGGGACGUGACGGCGGCGGAGAAGGCGAGGGCGUUGGAGGACGCGGGUGCGGUUGUCGUCCCUCACCCCGGGCUCAUGGGCUCUACGAUGAAGGCGCUCCUCGGCCGCUGA